AAUUGACAAUUGUAAGGCAACAAUACAAACAAACACAUGCAGUGCAUUCAGUUGGGAGCGUAAUAAAUAUGUGGGAGAAUUCCCACAUAUAGUUAUAAGUGUUCAGAACUUGGAGAAAACACAGACGUGCCGUGUACAUAUGCGUGAAAAACUAGCUGGCAACAACGACAACCCCAGCGAGUCCGAAUGCCAAGAAAAGCCAGAGAAUCGGAAUCGAGGAGCUGCGAGUAAAGUGAACAAAUUCGGUGCGGGCCAUUGCCAACUUCUGGCGAAUAAUGUCUGCAUCGGUGAUAUGCGUUGAUUUAAGCUCAGAGUCCGAUGAAGAGUCGCCGCCAGGAGCCAAGCGAAGACGACUUGAGGAUCCCCUGCGACAAUUGGCAGCAUGUAGUAGACAAAGUCUACCAGCCAAACUUUUUAACAUACCGAAAGCUUCCCUGGGGUCCGCAAUAGUAGUACAAGGAGUAGGGGCAGGACCUGCAAGGGCACCUCCAGUAGUAGCUGUGGAUCCACUUCGGUCCAUGCACAUCCCCAGUGGCAUCACUGUCACCAAGCACCAGAAAAACAUCCUGACUCCAAAUGGAAAUUUAACCAUUUCCCUUGCAGAAAACAACAACAACAACAUUAUUAACAGCUUUAACAAAAAUGUGAACACGGUGAAGAUGGGCGCCCCCCAGAAAGUGGCCUGGUCAGUGAGUAGCAAGGCGCCUAGCCCAAAUGCCGUGAUAACCUGUGUGCCCAGCCACCAGGUGAAGGUGACGCCUGCGAACCAAAUCAGAGUGGCAGCAAUUCCCAAAGUCAUCCAGUCGCCAAUUAGAGUCACUCCGAAAACGAUGCCUGCGAAGAUUCAACCGCCAGUUGUGAUAGGUCAGCCUCAGCAACAGUUACAAGCCCUGCCUCAGCAGAUUAAGCCUAUAAUGCUAGGUGUAACAAUGCCUACGGCUUCAAUGGCACAAAUCUUUCAGCAACAAUUGCAGCAGCAGCAGUCGCCUAAGGUUAUAUCAGCACAAGUCCCACAAAAGAUUGUUGUAGGACAAAAGCAACAAAGGGCUUCUUUGGGACAAUUGCAACAAGUGCAGCAGCCCAUAAGAUUUGUGGGCACUCAGUUGCAACAGCAUCAUAAAUUACUGGGCGGCCAAUUGCAAACACUGACAGGACGACUCCAACAUCCUGCUCAACAGAAAACAACAGUCACAGGACAGUUUCAACAGCAACCAAAGGCUUUAGUUGGCCAACAGCCACAGAAGGGGAUCCAGAGUCAACUGCAACAACAGAAACCCUCCCAAAGUCAACAACAGGUUCAACAGCAGCAACAACAGAAAACAACCCAGGGUUCACUUCAUGAGCAGCCACAACAAGAGAAGACGACCCAAGGUCAGCUCCAGGAACAAGCCCAAAAUCAGAAGACGACUCAGGAUAAAAUCCAACAACAGCCACAUCAACAGAAGUCGACGCAGUAUCCACUCCAACAACAGCCCCAAAAUCAGAAGACGGCUCCGGAUAAAAUCCAGCAACAGCCACAUCAACGGAACACGACGCAGUAUCUACUCCAAAAACACCCCCAAAAUCAGAAGACGACUCAGGAUAAAAUCCAACAAUCGCCACAUCAACAGAAGACGACCCAAGGUCAACCCUAUCAGCAGCCACAGCAACAAAGGACCGCUCAGGGCCACAUAAAGCAGCAGACACAACAACAGAAGUCGACCCAGUGUCAAGUGCAACAGCAGCCACAACAACAGAAGACCACUAAGAGUCUAUUCCAACAGCAGACACAACAGAUGACGGCCCAGGAGCAGCUCCAACAGCAGUCCCAACAGCAGAAGAGCUCCCAACCCCAGCCAAUUCAAAAAAUGACCCAGAGUCAACUCCAAAAGCCGACACAACAAUAUAAGAUGACCCAGGGUCGAGUUCAACAACAGCCACAACAGAAGACCACCAAAGGUCAUCUACAAGAGCAGCCACAACAGCAAAAGACGACCCAGAGUCAUAUCCGACAACAGCCUCAACAACAGAAGACAACCCAGGGGCAGGUCCAACAACAGCCACAACAACAGAAGAUGGCCCUUGGUCAGUUCCAACAGCAUCCUCAACAGAAGGCAACCCAGGGUCAACUCCAACAACAGCCACAACGACAGAAGGCGACCCAGGGCCAGCUCCAACAGCAACCAGAACAACAGAUGAUUUGCCUAGGGCAACUUCAACAGCAGCCACAGCAACAGAAGACUGUCCAGGUACAGGUCCAGCAGCAGCAGCAACAACAGAAGUCCCCCCAAAGUCAACUCCAACAGCAGCCACAAACGAAGACGACCCAGGAUCAACCGCAACAGCAACCACAACAGCAAAUGAGUUGCCUAGGCCAGCUUCAACAGCAAUUAAGCUCUCUUGGGCAACAUCAACAGCAAAGAUUAUUUGUGGGACAUCUCCAACAGCAACAGAGACCAAGCCUUGGUACUCUCCAGCAACAGCAACAGUUUCCACCAAAGAACGUGGGUCAAAUGCCCCAGCAACAGAAAGGAAUUUUGGUCCCACCUCAGCUGCCAAAGAUGCUGCGAGUACAACCAUUGCAACAAAAUCCAUUUUCUGUGGUCCAACAGCAGCCACCAAAGACACAGAUGGCUCAACAACUGCUGACUUCUGUAAUAAGUCCAAAGAAACCGGCUCAGCCGCCGUCUGUGCCCACUGUUAACCAAAUCACACACAAAUCGAUGACGAUUCAAAAACUACCCAUGUUGCCCAGAUCGCCCAUGACGACGAAGAUUUCCACAAAGCCGAUUAUUCCACAGCAGACGCCACCACCUGCUCACGUAGUUCAAAAGCAGCAACCACCGCAUACAACAACGCAAACUCCCCCAUUGGCACACGGUCCACCGAUGGUGCGACCCAUGACAGUAGCCAAGAUUACGCCUAUGCCCUCAAACAACAAAGGCAGCUUCCAAAUAAAGUCACAGGUGUCUCGAGCUGUCAUCCCCACAACUCCAAUUCUGGGUGCUGCCCGAACUAUGCCUUUCAGAAGCACACAACUCAAGCCAGUUACUUCUCCGCUGACUUCAACGCAUCACCAGAGUUUUACCACCAGUGCCACUCCCCCGCAGCGUCUUCUGGCCACUCCACCACAUUGUGCUGCCGCCUUAAAUGAGCCCCUACUGCUGAAUCUGCCACCCACCACAAGCAUUACUCCACAACUAACGCCCACGACAACUCCACCUCCAGCUGGAAUUUCGACUUCAGUUCAACAACAGCAGCUAGCUAAAGCGGCUGUCUUCAAAUUAAAUUCCUUGCCAGGAGCUAGCAUUUCACCGGUGACCAAGGCUCCAGCUAGCAUUGUCAAGCGCAUCCAACCCAUCACCGUGCUUAAGAAAUCUGACGAGGAAUGGCGGAGGCACCUUCUCGUGCAACAACAGCAGCAGCAACGGCAGCGAGAGCAAUUGCAGUCGACAUCUACGCCAACAAUUGUCCUAGUAGAGUCACCGCCCACUACGCCGCCCACGGAAAAACAGGAUACGGAGCGCAGUACAAACACCAUGGAGAAGACUUCGUAUAUGGAAUCGAUUACUGUAUCUAAACAACCCAGUAAACGGAAAAGACCUGCUUUGAUGACUCCCACAAAAGAAUCUGCCCAUGUCUCGGAAAUUGUAGAUUUAGAUGAACUGCCAGAAACGCCUCCAGAAAAGCGAAAGAAAGAAAAUUGUAUUCCCAUAAAGCCCAGAGAAGCUAUUCCACAAGCAAGACCUCCUUUUAUAACUGAAUACUCGGCACUAAUAAACCUGUGUCGCGAGUUGGAUAAGUCGGAGGACAUGGAACGCUUGGCUAAAGGAAAAUUGACCAAGUAUUACUACAGUGUGCCCGAGAGCUUUGUGAUUUCGCGUGAGUUUCGUCAGUCCGUAGAAUUGGCCAUGAUGAGGAUCAGAAACGAUUCGGACAUGAUGUACGUACACCUUAAGAAUGUAGUGGAUGACCUACGGGCAAGGCGAGAAUUUCAUGCAGUCUAUACAGAAAAGGCACAACAACCACCUCCCCGAGCAUCCGCACCCGUGGAUGCUCAGACCGCGGUAAAGGUAAGGUCGCUAGAGCAGACUCCUGUAAGGGAAAACGAUCAGGACGACGAUGUGGAAGAGGUGGAAGACGAGCAGGAACCUGAGACCGCUGACGAUAAACGAUUGGAUGAACGCCUUCGGCACAUGAACCGAACACUUUACUCCAUUAUCAAGCGCAUUAAGAUAAUGGAGGAGUCUGAUGUAGACUUAAACGCCGACGACUCCUGUUAUCUUCAGGUGGAGCGUUUUAAAAAACGCGCCUGCCAAAUAUACGAGAAAAUCUGUGAUCUAACGGGCGAGAGCAAAAAAGCCCGUCGCCAUAUGAAACAGCCCAUCCAGUUUAAGGAUACGGACUAUCCACACUUCAAUCGCUCUCUGUCGGCUUUUGUAAACAGGAUGAAGGAGUUCCCCGACUACCAUGAUGUCCUUCAGAUUCUCGAGCAAUGCAACGAACAGAAGAAACUUGGACUAGCCAGCUUCGAGAUGAAGAGAAUCGCUUAUGAUGCCUUUGCCAAAGUCGGACGAAUGUUACAGUCGCGCAGGAAGACGGAUUUGUAUGAAACCGUAACGCACUUUACUGCAAAUGUCAAGGAUCCAGCUUCCAGUGAUCCUGUGCUGCUUGCCAAGCUGAAGGAGAAUAACAAAAAUCAAACCAAAAUAAGUGAUGUCUUGGAAAAGUACGCCCGCGAGCAGGAUCUCAAUGCGGAAGAGCGUCAGGAGGCGCGGCUUAAGGAGAAAAAACUAAGGCAGGAAAAGGCUGAGGAGGAAGCUGUCAAGCUGGCUGCUUUGGCACAAGACGACGACAAGCCCUGUACAAGCGCCCAGGCAGCAGCUAAAGCGGCAGCCCUCGCUGCCCUAAUGAAGAUUUCUCGUGAGAAGGUCAGAAGAAAACGGUCGAUCGAUACAAAGAUCUGUAAGGCCGUCGACGACGGGGAUGACUCCGAGGCGGAAUCGGACUCGGAAGACGAGGAGGAAGAUGUGGACGAUUUCGUGGAUAAAUUCAACGGUAACGGAGAACUGAGUGAUACCGACUCCGAGGUGGAAGCAGUAACAUCACCAAAGAAUGAUGCAUUGGCGCCCGCCGAACGAAAUGUGAUAGAUAUAACGAGAGACGAGACUGGCAAUAAGUAUGUUGAAACCCCGCCGAACGGCAAACUGAAGAUAAUGUCCGUCUCUAGUCUGAACGCCAACUUCGUCCAUGGGCAAAACCUGCACACAAGACCCAAUCCCAUGCCUAGUGCUAUGCCUGUCAUUGCUGACGAGAUCAUCAUUUCGGAUGAGGAGUCAUAGAAAGAGUCGUACCCGCAGAAAUGCCUGCAGCCCUAGCUAAGUUUAUUUAUUCAAUUUAUUUCCGUUUAGGUUCGGUUUUUGCCUACUAUUAUUUAUUUCCUUUAACGGCCAAUAACCGCAUAUUGCAAAAAAAAUGAGUUUGUUGGUGCGUUUUUAAAUAAUCUUAAUUGUUAAUUAAAUGUACUAUUAAAAAAAUAACAAAAUCAGUAAUUAAUAUUUGAAUUUUUAAAUUAAAUAAUCUGUCAUAAGCACCAUACACUGAUCGGCCUUUCAGCUAAAACGUGUACAUAUAUGCAUGCAUUCAAGAAAAACUUUGCCAUUGAAUUCCAAUUAUUUAAAAUUUAGCGGAAUCAACUGACAGCGUUACCAAAAACAAAAUGUAAACUCGUCAACAAACUUUCAGCAUUUGUUAAAAAUUAUUUUGUAAUUCACUAUUGUAUUGUAAGAACAUUACUUCAACCCUUAACAAUUUUCUGUAAUUUAAUUCUCUGUACAAAUACCGAAAAGCUAAUUUAUUGCAAAGUCCGUACCGUUGUGUACAAACCACAAAAUACGCUAAUGUACAUAUGGAAUACUACUAGUCUAAGUUAGUUGUACAAAUUAAACAGAACGGUGAGAAAUGAUAACUGAA